CUUCCUCUCUCCUCUAUCUCCUUCUCUCUCUAGCAUCUCACUCACCACACACAAAUCCGGCAAGAAGAUGCGGGUGAAGUGAUUGUCUUCCACCGUCAAGGUUAACAAAAUCACCCAAAUCGUGGGCUUCAAAUAGGUCAUACAACAGUGGAAGAACGUGAGCCUAAAACGCCGGUCUGUCCUCCCCUACUCCGACUCCGGCUCAAACCGGCGCACACGUUCCUGAAUCCUGAACUUCCUCCCUGUAUUCGUCUCUCUGCUCAAUAAGGGCGAUGAAGAUUUUGUGUUUCAAAGCAAUGGGGGGGCUCGUUUUGCCCUCUGAUGUUGGGUUUGGGGGCAAUAAAUCAAAGAUCGGCGAGGACUGAUCCUGAUAUGUAGCGAGGAUGGCUGAAAACGAAUCAAGGCUAGGAACCACAGCGAGGAAGAAAGGAGCAUAGAGAACUGCUCGGUGACCAAGAUGGCGGGCAGACGGCGAACGUUUGCAUGCCGGCGAUAGACAGAUGGUACUGAAGUGACUGUAGGCAAUGAGGAAGGAGAACGAAACGGAGGUGAAGUGGACUAAAAUGCCGUCGAACAGUGACUGUAAUGGCGAGAUUCCGGCGAUGGUUGUUUUCAGUUCUUCAGACCGGGAUUUGGGUUGUCCACUGUUGUUGUCUGUUUUAUUUUGUUUUUCAAUUAGGUUUUGGGUUUUGGGUUUAGGGUUCUAUGAUUAGGUUGAUUGGGGUGGUAAUGAAGGUUUGGGUUUGCGAUUUUGAUUCUGGUUUGCAGGUAUGGUUUGGUUGCGGAUGGAUGGUGGUUUGGGUGGUGGUGAAGGUUGUGGGCGGAUGGGGUUGUUUUGUUGAUUUGGGGUGUUGUUAAUGGAGGUAUAAUGUCCAUUGGCGACUGAAUGGCACCAGUGACUGAACGGUGACUGAACUAACCAGCGAGAUUGGUAUUGGCGUAGAGAAAAAUCAAAGUGGGUUUACCCAACCGUCUUUGCUACAGUCGUCUUUUUUUUUAGGUCCAUUGCCAGCUGGACUGCCACAUUGGAUUAUGCCGAAUUAGAGCACACGUCACAGUGUCUUAGGCCAAUUGCACUCGCACAAGAUUUAUUUGCCAUCCACGCGCACUCACAAACAGGCAUGUCUCUUUCCCAUUUUCAGUUGAUUUUCACUGUAAUUACUGAAUUAAAUUAUAUUUCGUACCUCUGUUUCUAUGCUGAUGAAUGUACUAUUGUUUGUAUGAACUGGGUUCUUAAUUUCGUAUUAACAAACACUUUUUGUGACUCUCUUAACAAUUUUCUCAAAUCUGUCCUCAUUUCAGUUUCCCAAUUCUCUCUCUCUCUCUCAGAGUUUCUAUCCCAAUCCGUUUACAGGUUCUCAAUUAUCUCAAUGCCGAUGGAUCAUGCAGAGCUAACCACCGAGCAGGUUCUGAAGAGGGAUAUCCCAUGGGAGACGUACAUGACAACUAAGCUGAUCUCAGGAACAGGCCUUCAGCUGUUAAGGCGUUAUGAUAACAGAGCUGAAAGUUACAGAGCAACGCUGCUGGAUGAGGAUGGUCCGGCUUACGUUUGUGUGUUUGUUAGCAUUUUACAUGACAUAUUCAAGGAAGAAACGGUAGAAUAUGUUCUAGCCUUAAUUGAUGAAAUGCUUUCAGCAAACCCGCAAAGAGCUCGAUUAUUCCAUGACAAAUCUCUUGCAAACGAAGAUAUGUAUGGUCCUUUCCUAAGAUUACUCUGGAAAGGUAACUGGUUCAUACAAGCAAAGAGCUGUAAGAUACUUUCUCUGAUAGUAAGUGCUAGGACAAAAGUCCAGGAUUGUGUCACUGGAAAUGGAGAAACCUCAAGUUCAAAGAAGAAAUCCAUUACAAUUGAUGAUGUUCUGAAAGGUCUGGUAGAAUGGCUUUGCGCGCAGCUCAAGAAGCCUUCCCAUCCUAGUCAUGGUAUCCCAACUGCUGUCAAUUGCCUGGCAACUCUAUUGAAGGAGCCUGUAGUCAGAUCCUCAUUUGUCCAAGGAGAUGGGGUGAAGCUGCUCGAACCUCUAAUUUCUCCAGCAUCCACCCAGCAGUCCAUCCAGCUCCUUUACGAAACAUGUCUCUGUGUUUGGCUUCUGUCUUAUUAUGAGCCUGCGAUUGAAUACUUGGCUACCUCUAAAACUCUACCGCAAUUAAUUGAGGUUGUCAAGAGUUCGACAAAGGAGAAGGUUGUCAGGGUGGUUGUCUUGACCCUUAGAAACUUGCUUUAUAGAGGGACUUUCGGAGCUCAGAUGGUAGACGUUGGACUUGCGCAAAUUGUCCAGAAUUUAAAAGCACAUGCAUGGAGUGAUGAGGACCUGCUGGAGGCUCUUAAUCAUCUGGAAGAAGGAAUGAAAGAUAACAUUAAGAAAUUGAGUUCUUUUGAUAAGUACAAGCAAGAAGUCCUUCUUGGCCAACUUGACUGGUCACCAAUGCACAAAGAUACUAUAUUCUGGCGUGAUAAUAUUAUGCAUUUUGAAGAGCAUGAUUUCCAGGUCCUCCGUGUCCUCAUUACGAUAUUGGACACAUCAAAUAAUCCAAGAGCACUAGCCGUUGCUUGUUUUGAUCUCUCUCAGUUUAUUCAGCACCAUCCUGCUGGACGGGUCAUAGUGACGGACCUGAAAGCCAAGGACCGGGUAAUGGAACUGAUGGACCACCAGGAUGCUGAGGUUACAAAAAAUGCCUUACUCUGUAUCCAGAGGCUUUUCCUAGGUGCCAAGUAUGCUAGCUUUUUGCAAGUAUAGUUAUAAUUUAUGGAAGAGUGCUCUACCAAAUUUAAUUUAUAAAGACUUCUUGAUGUGGAAGAACACAGAGUUGGCUGCGCUGUUUUUAUAUGAUGCAUCUUAAUAACUUGAGUUAUACACCACCUUGCGGCUUUCUUUUAUUCGUUAUUUGUUGUGAAUAACUGUGAGGAACUAAUUGUUUUUAUUAUGUUAUAAAAUAAAAUUAAUCUUUGUAUA